AUGUUUCUACCAAAGAUUAAAUACUUUACUGCUGGAAGUAAUCAUGGAUACGAAGACAAACAUGAAAAAUUCGCUGCUGCUGGGUGUGAUGUAUAUGUCACCGUGCAUGCUUUGCCAAACCCCCAAACGACUAUUUACCUCGCGGAUGCUGCACUUAUAAAAGAAGUCACAAACAAUCGAGCUAAAUUUCCGAAGCCUGUUCACCAUUACGGGGUACUCUCAUUCUACGGAGACAACAUUGUGGCAUCUGAAGGGGAACAAUGGAAGAAGUAUAGGAAAAUAGCUGCUCCUGCGUUUUCUGAACGCAAUUAUAGUCUUGUUUGGGAUGAAACAUUGGACAUCGUAAGAGGCCUCUGCGAUGAUCACUGGAAAGGUCGCGAAACCGUCGAAGUUGACAAUUUUGUGGAUAUUGCCUUAGCAAUGACUUUAUAUGUAAUAAGCGGCGCUGGCUUUGGCAAGAAAAUAUCAUGGAAAGACGACACUGAACUUCCAGAAGGACACCUCAUGUCGUUUAAGGACUCAAUGCGCGUCGUAACUGCAGAUAUAACACUUAAGAUUGCCUGUCCCGAUUGGAUGAUGAAUUUCACAAAACGACUGCGUCGCGCUAAACUGGCGUUCAAAGAGCUGCGCGAAUAUAUGGUAGAAAUGAUUGAAGAGCGUCAGAAGUCAGACAACACCAAUCGCCAUGAUCUUUUCACGGGUCUUUUGAGAGAAAAUAAAAGCGUAUUCGAAUCUUCAAUGCUGACGGACGAUGAAUUAAUUGGUAAAACUUACCUUGCUGAGACUGGAAGGCACGCGACCACUGGACAUACAUUAGCGUUUACAUUUGGUCUUCUUGCUUUGUAUCCUGAGGCGCAAGACAAAGUUUUGGCAGAGAUCCGGUCUAUCGUGCCAGAUGGAAAAGAACCUUCAUACAGCGACAUGAAUCGGAUGAGAUAUACUUUGGCUCUGUUGAACGAAAGCAUGAGGAUGCAUCCUGUCAUCACUCAUAUACCGAAGACACCAUUUGAGGACACCACUCUCGUUACCACCAAUGCCAACGGAGAGAAGGUAACAGUCCCUGUUCCUGCUGGAACAGACAUAAACAUCUUGACAGCUGGACUGCAUUAUAAUCCUCGAUACUGGGAUGACCCCCACACUUUCAAACCAGAACGUUUCCUGAAGGACUGGCCGCGCGAUGCCUUUAUGCCUUUUAGUGCCGGCCCUCGAGCGUGUCUAGGGAGAAAAUUCUUUGAAACAGAAGCAAUCGCCACAGUCGUCAUGCUUGUGUCUCGGUACAAAAUCACCGUGAUGGAAGAGCCAAAAUUUGCAGGCGAAACCUUUGAGCAGCGUAAAGCGAGAGUUAUGGCCUGCGAUAGGUAUAUAACCACCGUGCCCACCAAGAUUCCUCUUGUCUUUACUCGAAGGACAUGA